CCUCGAAGCCAUGCAAGCAAUGGCCAAAUCCGCAAACUCAAAGGUCAUCUUCCUCCCUGCUCAGAACCAAACUGUUCAGAGUGCGCUCGCUCAGGCGGAUGCUCAUGGCGAGGGUCCUAGCUCUUAUGGCGCUGGCGGUGCAAACUCGAUGGGUGUGCAGAGUUCGGCGGCGCAGGAGUACGGCGGCAACAACCAGGGAUUCCAGAGUGCGAUUAACUCGCAUGUUAUCGAGAAUAUGUAGGGGGUUCCAUGACGAGGAGGUGAUGGUGUGGAUGGGGUAUAAUGCAUGAAGGUAGGAGAGGGCAAGAUUGACGAUGGGAUGAUUUAUAUGUUUUGGUUUGGUUUGGGUUCUGCUCUGCGAUUGUGGUUUUCUUUUUGAUACCCGAUGCAUUAUUCCCCCACUCGCUUUUUUCUCUUGGAUUAGACGGCCCGGUUACAAAUAAUGAAUAAUACAUAUGGUCUAUUAGUUCCUAACAAUCCCC